AUGUGUGAGCCAGCUGAACUUGGGAGCUGUUCCCAGGGAAGUGACGUGCUAGAGCUGCCCCCUCCCCCGAGCCUUGGGCCUUCCUACUUGACACACUCAACUGGGGGCCACAGAACAAAUUCCAAGGCAGAAGUUUUGAGAAUGAUGAUUCAGAGGCUCGCAGAGGACAUUUAUGGCAGGCUCUGGAGGGGCAUCCCUGGGGCACCGACUCCAUUUCUCAUCUGGCUUGGAGGUGGUACUGCAGACAGAACGGGGCAGGGGCGUCGGGGCCCUCCCACCAGCACCCUCAGGACCUCACAAUCUCUCCAGCCCUCCUUCCCCGGGGGCCGUCCUUCCUGGGCGCGGGACCCAGGUCCGGGACACCGCCCGCAGUUCCCACUUCGGGAAGUGCCAAGCGCGCGCUGCGCCUGGACUGCUCAGCCCCCCCGCAGCCCCUCCGUCCACGCCCGGCUCCUCCUCCUCCUCCUCCUUCCCCCCGGGUGGGGAGAGCCGGCUCCGGAAGCCCCGGCGCCCCCGCCCCGGCCGCCACUGGCGCUUUGGAGAAGGCGGUCCGCGCGGGAGCGCGCCACGCGGGACCUGAGCUCCCAGCCGCCGCCAGCGCCUUGGAACCCCCUGACCAUCCCUGAGCCCCCACCGACCCCUGAGUCACUGCCUGGCCCGGAGCACCCCCGCGCCGCAUGCCUGAGUCCCCUACCCACCCCUGAUCCUCCCACCCGCCCCUCCCCGAAUCACCCCCCACCCCUCCCCGAGCAAC